UGGGUGAUUGUUUCAGACAGGGAGACAGACAGAUGGAGGGGGAAGGCGGCGAGGUAGAUGAUGAAACAGGAAACAGGUAGCGAUACAGAGAAAGAGAUCAGCGCGAGGGGCUGGGGAGUGGGGGCUCAGAUUUGGUUGGAUUUGGGAGAAAUUUUGUUUUUUGGUGGAGCGUGCGGAUGUGGGAAGAAAAUGGCUGCCACCUACCAGGAUCUAAUUAAUUUUGAAGGAUCAUCAGGCCCUUUAGUGUGAGGCAGGGUACUGGAGGUAGGGGAGGGGGGCGCGAGGCAGACCCCUGGGCUGAUUAGAAUUCACUGCAGGUAGGCGCUGGCUGCUGCUCACCCACUGUGUCAUGGCUAAAAUGGAAUCACUGUUGUGAGUGGCAGUCCGGGCAAGUGGAGCCUGCCUCCUUUGGCCUGCACCCCUUUUUUGGCACCGUUCACUUGAGUCUACCCCUAAGGCAGGUGGAUUUCCAUGUCGGCGUUAACCAGGGCAGCCAGAAAGGCAGAUAUAUGUACAGUAUGUUGUUUGCUUUGCCUAACUGUAGCGCCCUUGGCAACAGGCAAACCUGACAAAUAAUAUUUGCCAUGGUGAUGGCAAAUAGGAUUUUGGCAGAUGCAUGGAGGUUAUUCAGUUUCAAAUUUGACAAAGUCAAAUCGAAUGAGGCAGGAUUAUCUGAGAACACAAAUUGCACUUAUAGGAGAGUUUGUUUAUGUCUCUCGAAAUAUGCUCACACGUUUGGCCUGCUCAUUCCUUUCCUUUCUGACACUGACCUGCUUAGGUUGACAUUGUUGCUCCUUAGGUUCUGCUCAAGGCAGUAGGUGUGUCUUUUCAAUGCUUCAUAUUCUUACCUCUGUUUUCUGUUGGAUCGCCUUGUCCGUAUCUUUUGCGGGGUGGGGCUCCUCAGGGUUUUGUGCUUGGCCCAGUUCCGUUCCAACAUUUGCAUGCUGCCAUGGGAAAUCUCUUCAAAGUUAUCUAUUUCCAUUUAAUGCAGAUGAUACCAGAAUUACCCAUUUUGGAUUACAAACUGCCCUGAGGACAGUCAUACAUUUUUGGCCUAAAUUUUUGACUGUUCAACUUCUAACAGACUUAGAGAUUUGAGCUUGACUUCUGCUCACCGAUGUUUCAUUUGCAGUACUAAUACUUUGUCCUUAAAAUUCAAAGCCAUUUCUUUGUGUGCCAAAAAUCGGGUUGUACUUGCAAUCUCCGCAAGACCACAAUUUGACAUAAAAUUAUUCCGAUAAAAACGAAACACCAACAGCAAGUAAAUACAUUACUCUUUCACGUUUUCAUUCCCAGUUCUUUGACACAAAUCACAAAGAGAUCUGACAUGUUCUGGCCUAACUCAGUUGGAGGGAAGGGGAGAAUACCAGAGGUCACUUGAGUGAAGAGCAACACAUGAUUUGGGAAGAGAGGACUGACAGCCUUGCCUAGCGCCCGGCCUCUGUUCAGCCAUCUCCACCAGCAAACUGAAGCUUGACCCGCACUUCAUCACCAGCCGCACGUCAUCUAACUGUCACAUCAGUUGCAAGGGGAUGACCGAGCGCAUUCAUAACAUCAAUCUCCACAACUUCAGCAAUUCUGUACUUGAGACCCUGAACGAGCAGCGCAACCGUGGGCACUUUUGUGAUGUGACUGUUCGGAUUCAUGGAAGUAUGCUGCGAGCUCACCGCUGCGUGCUGGCUGCUGGAAGCCCCUUCUUUCAGGACAAGCUACUUUUGGGCUACAGCGACAUUGAGAUCCCCUCGGUGGUCUCGGUGCAAUCCAUCCAAAAGUUGAUUGACUUUAUGUACAGCGGGAUUCUGCGAGUGUCUCAGUCGGAGGCCCUGCAGAUCCUAACUGCCGCCAGCAUCUUGCAGAUCAAGACCGUCAUCGAUGAGUGCACUCGCAUCGUGUCCCAGAAUGUGGGCCUGGCCGGCCCGGGAGGCUUCCCCGUCAUACCGGGAGACUCGGGUCAGGACACCCCCCGCGGCACGCCCGAGUCGGCCACGUCCGGCCCGAGCAGCGACGCCGAGUCGGGCUGUAUGCAAACGUCAACCCAGCAGAACGCGGAUCGAGCGUACGCGUCGAUCUACUCCUACUCCGGCCUCUCCAACGGCACCCGCGAGCGCUCGCUUUACAUCAACCCCUUGACGAGCAAUUACGAUCCCAGUGCCGGCGCUCAGAAAGACCAGCAGUCGCAGGAUCCCCCCUGGAUGAACCGCAUCCCGGAUCGAAGCCAACCGGUGGAGCGCUUCAUCUCCACGGCCGAGUCCACCACGCACUGCCGCAAGCAGCCCCGACCGGUACGCCUACAAACAGGUGGCAUGCACAUCAAGCAGGAGGCCGAAGACGAGUACGGCUGCUUCAACAACGUAGGGCACUGCCAGGUGGAGAACGACCACACCGAGGGCGUGGUGAGCGAGUCCAAGGUGGAAAAUUUUGACUCAGGCGUCAGCUCCUCCAUCAGUACCGAACCAGACGCCAUGGAUCAGCAGCCCUACCUGAGCUUCAACCGGGAGGGGGGCGGCGAAGGCCCUCACGGGGAAGGCGGACCGGUGCAGAUCGAGGUCAACGACUCGUCCCCGGAGCAAGCGCAGGAGCCCGACGAGGGCGACCAGAGCCACAGCACUAGUGACAGUACCAUGAUGCAUCCCCUGGCCAACCCCAUCAUGUCCCAAUCCCUGGCCAGCACACCGCACUACCUGCGGCAGAUGGAGUCACACACCAGCAAUCUCCGAAUGCCGCACGCCGUGACCAGCAAUUCCCAAGUGUUGGGCGCCGGGAGCACCUUCUUGCCCACGCUCUUCCCCCCGCAGCCGACCAGAGACAGCAAGUCUUUCAUUUACCUUCCGGGCCAGCAGCAGGCCCAGUUUGUGACGGUGCCGCCCCCUGCCAUACCAUCAUUCCCCAACGCCAUGGCCGUGCCCCCGACGCCAUCCCAGCAGCAGCAGCAGCAGCAGCAGGCAAUGGGUCAGGGGGAGAAGAAACCCUAUGCAUGCACUCUCUGCUGUAAAACCUUUACUGCAAAACAGAACUACGUCAAACACAUGUUUGUGCAUACUGGAGAGAAGCCUCACCAGUGCAGCAUCUGCUGGCGCUCCUUCUCCCUGAAGGAUUACUUAAUCAAGCACAUGGUGACCCACACAGGGGUGCGAGCCUACCAGUGCAGCAUCUGCAACAAGCGCUUCACCCAGAAGAGCUCUCUCAACGUCCACAUGCGGCUGCACCGUGGCGAGAAGUCCUACGAGUGUGUCAUCUGCAAGAAGAAGUUCUCCCACAAGACCCUGCUGGAGCGCCACAUGGCCUUGCACAGCACGGGCAGCGCCCUGGCCGGGCUGACGGGCCCCGGCGGCACCCCCGGCCCCGUCUCCAUCCCCGUCUCCAUCCCCAUCCCCCUCCCCAUGGCCGAGCCCGGCGCCGGGGUGGUGGCCCUCGCCAUGCCCGUGAGCGGAGGAGCGGGAGAAGGGCCCGGGGUCCCGACGGGAGUGGGCCUGGCGGCGGAGGCCAGCUGCCAAGAUGGGACCACCUACAUGUGUUCCGUCUGCCCCGUCAAGUUCGACCAAAUGGAGCACUUCAACGACCACAUGCGAAUGCAUGUCUCUGACGGAUAAGUACAACUAGAUAAACUACUCCAAAAGAAUGACAAACAAAAUGGCACUAGAUUUUCCUUUUCUUCUUUUGAGGUAUGGAGAGUAAUGAGUAUAGACACUGGCACAUUAAGUUUCCCAAAAAAAACAAAAAAACAAACAGAUUUUCUUUUUUGUUAUUCUAAAUAAACAAAAAAGAUUGUGGCCUUAAGGCUUAGUAGUUUGAUAUUGAUCUACUGGAUGGAUCCUAACUACAGGCCUCUAAAUGUAUGAUUUCCUAAAAUACUGAUUUAUGUGUUGAACACUACCGAAAGGCCUACGAAAGAAACGUACACACAAACACACCUUUAGUGUAGAUCUAUCUGAGCGAUUAUAAGUGUGCAUUGUGUGUGGAUCUGCAUGUUUCCCAGUGUGUGUAUGAGUGUGUGGAGGGUUUGUGUGUAUGUGUGUGUGAGAGAAAUGCCAUUUAAAAUGGCAGUUGUGAACCCAUACUGACCUGUUUGGAAACGAUAGAUGUCCAAACUUACUGUGGUAUAAUUUACAACAACAAUAACAACAAGAAAAAAAAUCAUCUGGGUUGGGCUAUAUAUUCCCUCUAAAAUACUGACAGUCACAAGAUUGCCUUCUAAAGACAAUUGAGAAAGAAAAAGUAAAUUUGACACUGGGUUUUAUUUAUUCCUAUGUUAUUAAGAGAUUAUAAUGCAGCUGUUAAGGUACAAAUUUCAAUCACUUCCCAUCAAAGAUGGCGGGAAUAAUAUUUCGUAUGUUUUGUAACUGUCCAUGCAUUUUUGAUGAUUUAGUUUACUAAAUUAAACUGUGUUGAUGAGACAAAGCGAAAAAAAAAUCUGAAAAAAAUAAUGUUUUUCUGAACUCAUUUGCAUACACUGCCACUAAUGUCCUAAAAGACUGUUAGUCAAGGUUACAACAAUCAUAAAAUGAGAGCGAUUUUUUUUCCUCCUCCUUUUUUUAAUACUAUUUUCAUCCUUAGCCUUUUUCCAUUUACAGUUCGAGCAGCUCAGAAUACGAGAUGAAACUCCCUUCGUAUUUGCUGCUCCACCACUUAAAUCAGACUCCUGUGGAUUUUAAAACAAGAUUUAUCUCAUACUAUUGUUGUUAUUGAUUAUCCUACGUGUUUUUUCGUUUUCUUUUCACUCAGUUUAUGUAUCAGAGGUUGACUGUGGAUUUGAACAGCGCGAAAAAGAGAAACAUUUAAUUGCAGUCCCAAUUAGUUCUUGAAAUAGUUGCCGUCUGAUUGUAAAAUAGAACCUGUUCAUAACGAUACGGCACUCACUCAAACAGACUGCUGCGUUCUGAAAGGAAAGAUCGGAGGAAAACAAGUAGCUCUCCCACACAAUAUAUAUAUAUAUAUAUAUAUAUAUAUAUAUAUAUAUAUUACACGCACACUCAACAAAUUGUGGAUGAACUUUUACAUAAUAGUAUACAUUCCAGUUUUUCUAAAAGACAAAAUCCAUGCAUCAUGACAGCACUGUAAACUGAUAUUUGGAUUUCAAUAUUUUCAACAAAUAGGACACACAGAUGCACCAACUCAUAAACACACAGACUAUUUACAGUGUGUGUACGUGUGUAUAUAUAUACGUAUAUAUAUGCACACUGUAUAAGUGUUCAGUAGUAUACACAAAAAAUUAGACACACAAUUGCAUUGUGAAGGAUUUGCUCCUUUGUGUGAGCAAACUUUUGUAGUUAUGUUGCUCACAGUGCAGCAGAUAUAAAAUAAACCCAGACAAAAACGUGCUAUUUUGCACAUUUUCUUAAAAUGCCUGUGCUUAAUAUUUAAUCAUAUUCAUUAAAUGAACUAUGAUUUUUUUUGUUGAUUCAAUUUUAAAGUCAGAAAAGACAACUUUUUCGGGAAAAAAAAAAUCUUGAUAAGUGGACUGCGUUAUUUUGUUGCAUAUAUGUUGCACUGCUUAAACCAAUAAGUGCACUACUGUUAACAGAGAUAUAGUUUUAGAAAAGAGGAUUUUUUUAAACAAAAAAAAUCUAACAUUUGGUUAUAGAGUUCACGUGUUAGCAUAGCUUUGUUUCAAUCUGAAAGUAAUUGAGCGGUUCUCGGCUCUCGUUAUCGCUUGCAGUCACCGACAGUAUAUCAAUCCAUAUACUGUUUGUACAGUACAGUACGUGUGCCGAUGCAAGCAUUUAUUUAAAUGUGUAACAUGACGUGUGAGCAUCUAUGUUUGAUUUUAUUUUAUUUUUUUAAGGUAAUGUUUUAUGGAGUCACUUCCCUGCAACUCAAUAAUUCAGUUGCAUUUCUUUAAGAAUUUUCCUGAGAGCCAAACAGUGAAACAGUAGUAAGACAGUAAUAAUCACGACAACUUCUGUCAGACUCGGUGGUAGUGAUAACAACAGCCAUUAUCACGCUAUGAAUAAUAAUAAUAACGAUGAUUUAUUAUUGUGUGUGUGCGUGUGUGUGCGUGUUACAUAGAUGAUAUCCAUGUCCUAGUACACAUUUUGGGUGGGCGUGGAUCGGUGAUGGAAUGCAGCUUCUUUGAUAAUACCGUAUGUGUCUGUGGGUUGUGCACCGUCGUGUCCUUUCCUUCCUUUAGUGGGUGUCGUCUGUCUGUGUGCUUUUUAAGCCGAAUCAAACUGUUGAGAAGCAAACUAUCUUGACCUUGUUAGGGCUUCCUUUGCAAUAUGCAGCGCAGGUACGAGACGAGGAGCGACUCCUCACCAAACCUUUUGGGCUCGCAAGAAAUCAUGAGUCGCAAGUCAUUUCCAAAUUUCAUCCAACGUGACUGAGAUUCUGUAAUAGUUUCUCCAAACCGUGUGAACAUUUAUUUCACAUUUCCUCGUCUCAUUUGCGUAUUGGCCUAAAAGAAAAGAAAAAAAAAGUCAAAUCGAAUAAAUGGUGUGCCGUCUCUGUUUUGUAGCUGUCGCUGCCAGGAUGGCAAAUGUGCUGCAUGCUAGUGCUAGUGCUAUUUGUCUUGACACAGCACGUGGAGGGUCAUCUCUUGCCUUAACAGACAAUGCACUAAAUAGUCUAUGUAAGCAAACUGCCGAGUUCUCUUUUCCAACAGUAUUGCCACAUUUUUGGGCACACAGCUUACGGUGUUCUGUCAGCCGAGCACCAACACUGCCAAACUAACUUUCAGCGCAGAGGCAGACAUGUUUGCGUGUAAUGUACGUAUUCAGUGAUUUAGCAUUCCUUCACGGCACCCGCUUUUUGCAUAGUUUGUGUAAUCACAUAUAUCCAAUGCACUAUAGACUGUAGCUAGAUGAGUACAACCAGCUUUGUGGUAUCAAUGGUCUAAAUAGUAGGUUAAGUAGCUUGUCGUUGGCUUUGGACAAUAUUUCAUUUCAAAAUUACACUAUAAGAGUGUCUUGCUAUCAUUUUUAUGUUGUUGUUGUUGUGGUGGUGGUGGUUUUCUGGAAUAACAAGUAGCCAAUCUCUCCGGAUGAGUGCUAAUAACUUAUCCCAUCAUCAGUUGACUUGUUGUAUGAUAAGAUUGGAAGGAACUGAGCCUUCUUCUUCUUCUUCUUCUUCUUCUUCUCCCUGGUGUGCAUUAGCUUCCUUUCACUGUCCAUACUUAUACAAGACAGUAUAUUCUUUAUUCUGCUUCAGAUACUUGUGGGUGGUGCUUUUCUCGGGUAUUGCAAAGAAAAAUUGUAAAAAUGGUUUAAAAGAUUGCAGCCCCUUUUUGGGAAAGAUGGUCCUUUGCGCAUUUCUUGUACUUUCAGCUAAGGGAGAUUUUCCUCUUUUUUUCUGGGGUGGGGUCAGAACGUUGGCUUAUUUUCCAAAACAAACCCUAUUGAAUGCUGGAUACCAAUCUCACAGCUGUUUGUGUUGUGUUUGCCAAUCAUAUGACAUGUUUUAUUUAUCUUAGUAUAGAGAUUUGGGGUCUACAAUAUGUUGUUAUGUCUUUCUAGCCGUACAUUUGAUUCUUCAUUUCUUCACAGUACUUCUUUAGUUCAUCCUGCUUAUGUGUUCUGGUGAUCACACAGUACAGUGGUGUUGUUAAUACAUACAUAUAGAUUUCAUCUAGCUGGGUCGAGGGUAGUCAAGUAAUGAAGUCAUUUCUUUCACAGUGUAUUAUAAAUAUGCGUACAGUAUAGGCUUUGCAUCGAGGUGAAAAUACAGGACAGGAAUGGUGAGGGUUCAUAGCGGUGUCCGUCUCCAUCAGUUUUUCUUUGUUCGAGCUUGAAUUAAGUCACAGUUCAGAAUAAAACCACUCAGAUUAUACGUAACAGCUUUUUAUUUGCUCUUCUACAGCACACAUCAGUGUGAAACAGAUAACGUCUGGUAAAGAUAUUUAUGUAUAAAUAUAUAAAAUGUAUAUAAAAAAAGAAAUCAUCAUCUCUCCACACAGCUGAAUGAAUUUCUCCUUGCGGGAUAUUGGAAAUAUGCCUAUCAAGUGCCUAGCAGUACAGUCAGCAACUAUACAGAAUUUUCAUAGUUUUUCUCUCCUACAUUGCACAGAUACAAUAUAUUCACAAUGGUCUAUUUAGUUAAAAAUAUACGACAGUAUUUAUACAAAUAAAACCAGGUGGUUGUGAAUGCAUCCGAACCCUUUAAAAUACCUGAAAUGUUCUAUACAUACAUAUACAGUAAAAGCAGGUGUGAUUUUUCUUCCAUGUAUGCUACUAUAUGGAGGACUCAAAGAUAUCAAAGAUGCACAGUCACUUACAAAUGUUUGACUGUUUUCUUCUUGCACGUUGUUCACAUUUGUCGCGGGAAGGCAAUGCGGCUUGGCGAUCAAUAGAAGAAGCUGCAUGAAUGUAAGGUGCUGUGACUUUCAGCUUGUCCCCUCAGCGAUUUUUUUUUUUUUUUUUUUGAUGCAGCUUUCGGAAUAGUUGUGGGUAAAUAUAAAAUUGUUAACACGGCAUCCUCAGUAGAUUAGCAGUUGGCUAUGUUUACCCGAUGCUAAAUUUUCUCAUCUCAUAUUAACGAAUGUUUUAACUUCCUGCCUUCAUACAGCCGUACAAUGGGGCCACGUGCAAAAAGAAACUAGCAUUAUUUUAUUUAUUUUUUUAUAACCCCUCUUUGGCGGUAAAGUCUUGUAAUCAGAUUAGAAAAUUAAGUGAACACAACACAGGAUUAUUGCACAAAGAUCUCUAAAAGCGCUUUGUGUCAGACAUGAAGUUUUCGGAUGGCGAUGACGGUGUAGCUGCGAGAUGAAAGGUUUUGGACCGGCUCAUUAUUGUGUCCCCUGUGGACUCAUUACCACACUUUCAUUCUCCAGCCUGGUCAACGUGCCAAAUUGAAAAUUUUAGCGGGGUGGGAACACUUCACAUUAAAACUACUAUUGUCAAUUAGUACAAAGGACUAUUAAGGCCGCACAGAAAAGAAAGAAAAAAAAAAGAAUUGUCCCAUGAGGACAAAAUCCUUGAAGAUUUAACAGCCUAAAUAUGGUAACUUUGGCAAAAUUCCUAAUUGGGUACUUAAAUUCUAAAUUAGUUCUUAAAAUCAAGACAUCCCCAAGGUGAAACCAAAUAAAGUGAUUGCCUUUACUUUGAUUCUUUAAGUCCUCCAUCAUUUAUAGUUUUGAUUAGGAGAAAACAGCUAUGACUAUAAACAGAUAUUUUGGGGGGGAAGGCUUAGAUUCAUUGACAUUCAAAACCAGUAUAGGCAACGUGAUAACUUGUCCCUGUCAUCCACCCAUCAAUCACACACACAGUCUACAUCCACUCAUAGUUAUAUUCCCGAUGACCGUUUUUCUCCAUUAUUACACAACACUAUUGAAUUUUUUUUUAAAGCUCCCACCUGUCGUAUCAGUCCAAGUCUACUGUAUCAUUUAGUCCUGUUAAAAAAUUUGCAGUGGUUCUCAAACUGCGUUAUAACAUCUAUUAUUAUUAUUUUCUCCCCCAAAAAAGGACAUUGAAAUAAUGAUGAUCCAGUCUGAAUUUAUUUCUGGAAUCUGUAUUUAAAUAAUGGUUCAGUUCGAAUGGUUUGCACAUAAAUGGUAAAUUAAAACAUUGUACCAAAACAAAUAUUUGAAAACAUGUAGAUUAAAAAAAAUGCAUUGUGCAUUCAAGUUAAAUACAACUAAACUGUAUGUGUUAAAAUGUGCGGGGUCAGGGUAAGGAAAAUUAAUUAUGCUGUUGAAACUUCUUUUGCUUACCACUAGAGAGAGCCCACAUAACACCAAUGAUACUCCAGUUUGAGAAUCACUGUUUAUGGCCAUUUUUGUUCCCGUUCAAUCCAGAACAUUCCAGUCAGUGUUCCCCUUCAACAAAAAAUAAUCUGUAUUUCAUUUAAUUUGCCUUAUUUUUUUUUUUACACAAAAUCACAAAGCUCUCUAGCUAGACCACUUCUGUAGACAACAUGUAGACACAUUUAAAUAUUUGGCCUCAACGACAAACAUUUAAAAACAGACGUCAUCAAGACUUACAGUAAUCAAUGGAGCCGUAUUUAUUUUCUGAAGUCCAUUUGGUGAGGAAAAACGGAACUAGACAUUGUUAGUUCACACAAACCAAAGAAGGGUUGAGAUUGUUUUGGAGAAAAAAGGGGUUGUUUUCUUGAUGUUGUUUUUGCUUUUUGUUUUAAAGGCAGAAAGCUUAAUGUUUAUUUGUAGUGUUUUGCUAGUGUUCAUUUGUAGGGCUAGGAUUAGGGUAAGGGCAAAAAAAAUGUUUUUAAUUAGAAAACCCUAUAAAACUAUUAAAAAAUGCACACCCAUUGAUAUUUGUUUCAAUAAGACCAUAUUCAUUCUUCCACAAACAAUCAAACAUUGAACAUGUGUCAUCCCCACCUUGAACUCAUCAAUGACCCCUGAAAUUCACUUUUACAUUAUUUUACAUUUAAUAGAUUGCAUUUUUAAAAUUUACUCUCUGUUCUUAACUUUUUUUUCCUCAAAAUAUCGGAUUUACACAUUAUAAAGGCUAUCCCUGCAACAACAAAACUAACAUCACAACUUUUUGAAGACGUUUAGCCAUUUGUACUUGAUAUGGACCAAGAUGUUUGCACAUAUUUGUAAGUUAUGAAGCCAAAAACUGAGAAUAACCAAACGUGAAAUAUCGUUAUGCUCACUGGAGCAGCAAAGAAAAAUUCAAUAUAAAUGUGCUCCAAAAUUGUCAUCAUUUUGUAACAACAAAGCGUCAUCCUUAAUUUUGUUUUCAGAGAUUCUUGUCAAGAUUCUGGAAUAUAUUAUUUUAUUGUGUGCUCUCAAAAUAGGUAAUUGAAUUGCGGUAAUUGGCGCAAAGACAAAUUGCUUGAAUUUGCAAGCCGGGCACUCUCUCGUCUUUUCUUUUGGUUAUCUGGCUUUUUGUUGCUCUGAUAUCUUUUUUGUAGAUGGCAUGCUUUUUUUUUUUGUAAACUCAGAUGUUGCUUGUGUGUAUAUUUUGUUUCUGCCUCAAUCCUCUUGCUAUCUUAUAAACUCACCCAGUAACCCCCUUGGAAAAAAAAAAACUUGUCAGAAGUGGAGCUGUUGUAGUAAACGGUAGUUAAAGAUGACAUCAAACUAAACAACCCUGAGAUAUAUGCUGCAGUAAUGUGUUUUCGACUUUAGUUUUUGGUAAUUUAUCCUCCAAGUUUAUACUUUAUUAUUAUUGUUAUAAAACAAGCUUGUUUGAAAUGUUUUGACUGCUGUUCUGAAAUAGGGGAGAAUUUUUCAGUAUGUGCAUGGACGUUCUUUUUUUUUCUUUUUUUUUUUUUUAAAUAGAAUGAUUUGUCAAACACUGGACUAGAGUGAGUUUUCCAACAUUUCCAAGCUAAGAGAUGUAUUUGACAGACAUGACUGCACAGGAAAUGGGGAGGGGGGGGCUAAUUUUUGAGAUGUCAAGAGGUUUCGUUUUGUUAGGGUGAAGGGGGGGUGUAUACCCACGUAGGUGACCCGCUCUUCCCAAUCGUUGCUUGCCAAGGCAUAAUAAUCAAUUCAUUUGUUGAUUGGGAAAAGUCUGUUGAUCGUGCGCAAUUGCUUGUUGCAUAGCUGUUGAGUCCAAAUGAAGUGCACCGGUUGGCUUAGAAACAGGAGUUCAGAACUUUUUUUGAUAAAUUGCUCAUCAGAUGUGUAUUUUAUUGACGAAUAAUAAUGAUAAUACCCCUCCUUAGUCCACUGGGUUAGGGUAAGACAUCAUAAAGGGAUAUUCCAGAUUGGACGCCUUCUUGCUAUGGUUAAGCCGAUAAUAAACCAAUUUUCUCAUUGUUCCAUUUUCUCAAGCCAGAAAAGAAAUUUGCACUAAAGACUCAUUUUGGUCUUCUAUCAAAAAGCAAUAUUAUUCACUGAACAACUUGUCAAAACCAUAGUUGUUUGUUGGCGUCCGUCGUGGCACACGUUGAUGUUUUCCCCUUUUGAGGGGCAUUCAAGUUUCCUCCCGGCUUCUACAUAGACAAGUCAAAGCAGAAGUGAGGCAAAUGAGAUAGGUUAGGUUAAUACGGGAGGGGAUCCAUUCUGAGUCUUCAUCAACUAUUGUCGUGUGAACAAACUAAAACGUUGAUUAUUUGGUGGGUUUUUUCCUUUUUUUUAAAUCUAGAACGUUCCAAAAAUAAAAUGCACCUUUUUGUGAUACAAACUUCAUUUGGCUGCAUCCACCAAAUCUCCUUUUUCUGUCCCACCAUCAAAGUCAAGGUCUGACCUUGACAUAAAUUAUUGUUUAGUGUAAAAAAAAAAAGAGAGAGAGAGAGAGAGAAAAGUCACCAUCAUAUGCGGCAAAGCAGCUUUCCUUCCUGUUCCCACCGCUUUGUCUGGUGUCGCGGUUUGUCUGAAUAUGUUGCGUGUUCGAGGAAGCAUAAGUACGUGCCUUCUUGUAAUCUCGUUAUUAUUGAGAAGCUGAAGCCAGCCAAUUGUGUUUGCACUAAAAACCAAAUUGCUUUUUGUUUUGUGAUGUAGACUAUUUAAAGCGAGCUUGUUGCAUCACUUUAAACCGUACAGUAUGCAUGAGGGUAAUUUGGCCCAUCCGUCGACCUGUAAACAAAUCCAGUGCAGCUUCUUGAGGAUCGUGUGAAUAUAUCUCGGCUUUCGAUUCCAUCUCCUUUAGUCAUCCGGUUUGUCACAGUUUCAAUUGUAAAAAAGAAAAAAAAAGAAGAAAAACUUGAGGAAAAAAAAAGUUGUGAUAUAUAUUUAAAAAAAACAGGCAACACCAUAACUACAAUACUGCUUUUAUGUUCACAUGCCACGAUAAGAGAAUUAGGCAUUCUUCUUUUUUUUUUUUCCAAUCCACGGCAACGCAUGAGGUCGCCUCAAGACUCUUGGUCAAUUUAAUUUUAUUUUAACUUGUAUUUAUUACAUAUUUUUGUCAACUACUAAUAAAAAAAAAAAAGCAUACAUGUGUUGAGUCUUAAAAUGCACCUUAUUCAUGUCAGUCCAUGUGGGGAAAACAAAAGAAUAAUGAUUUUUUUUUAACUAGGAAAAAUUUUCACAUCUCUAAUUUAGCACCUUACUACACAGCAUGUUUUCACUUUAUGCCAGUUUAGCUCUUCUUUCAUUUGGAAUCUCAUAUUUGUGCGACUUGCUCAUUCGUGAGAUGUGCCAAAGUUUGAAGGCGAUCUCCCCAACUGUUGACACUUAUCAUUUUUCUUCUUUUCCUCCUCCUGCUUCAGUUCUCGCAAACUUUCCUAUAACUAGUGUGUGGAAUCCAUUUAUCUCAGCAACCAGUAUCAUAACUUGCCAUUUUACAAUAAGCCCUGUAUUUCACAUAUAUUUACCAGUGAUGUGUAUUCGUUAUUAUAAAGAAAAUAGCCGUAAAAGCUUCAUUAUGUUACACAAUAUUGUGACUUUUUUCGAAAAACUGUGAAGACUUAUCUUGCAUAUACUUUAUACAGAAGUAUUAAGCCUUAAUACAAAAGACUAAAAAAAGUGUGGAAGAAUAAACUGAUUGUUGCUAAGUAAGGAUGAUUUUUGUAAAUGUUACCAGCACUUUUUUUGUAAUUUUCACUCUCUGAGGUAUUGUACAAGUUCAAGCUGUUUGUGAAGUUUGAUUAUGAAGGAAUAAAAACUAGUACUUUCCUGUACUUCACACAA